AUGGUAUGUACUGUGUUUGUUAAUAAAUGGUUUAGAAUUUCCUUAUUCUGUGGAGUUUGGACGGAGAGAGAAACAUACAGUGAGGGAAAAAAGUAUUUGAUCCCCUGCUGAUUUUGUACGUUUGCACACUGACAAAGACAUGAUCAGUCUAUGAUUUUAAUGGCAGGUUUAUUUGAACAGUGAGAGACAGAAUAACAACAAAAAAAUACAGAAAAACGCAUGUCAAAAAUGUUAUAAAUUGAUUUGCAUUUUAAUGAGGGAAAUAAGUGCCACCGGUUUGCACACAUCUCAGGAGGGAUUUUGUUCCACUCCUCUUUGUAGAUCUUCUCCAAGUCAUUAAGGUUUCAAGUCUGACGUUUGGCAACUCAAACCUUCAGCUCCCUCCACAUAUUUUCUAUGAGAUUAAGGUCUGGAGACUGGCUAGGCCACUCUAGGACCUUAAUGUGCUUCCUCUUGAGCCACUCCUUUGUUGCCUUGGCCGUGUGUUUUGGGUCAUUGUCAUGCUGGAAUACCCAUCCACAACCCAUUUUCAAUGCCCUGGCUGAGGGAAGGAGGUUCUCACCCAAGAUUUGAUGGAACAUGGCCCCGUCCAUCGUCCCUUUGAUGCGGUGAAGUUGUCCUGUCCCCUUAGCAGAAAAACACCCCCAAAGCAUAAUGUUUCCACCUCCAUGUUUGACGGAGGGGAUGGUGUUCUUGGGGUCAUAGGCAGCAUUCCUCCUCCUCCAAACACGGCGAGUUGAGUUGAUGCCAAAGAGCUUGAUUUUGGUCUCAUCUGACCACAACACUUUCACCCAGUUUUCCUCUGAAUCAUUCAGAUGUUCAUUUGCAAACUUCAGACGGCCCUCUAUAUGUGCUUUCUUGAGCAGGGGGACCUUGCGGGCGCUGCAGGAUUUCAGUCCUUCACGGCGUAGUGUGUUACCAAUUGUUUUCUUGGUGACUAUGGUCCCAGCUGCCUUGAGAUCAUUGACAAGAUCCUCCCAUGUAGUUCUGGGCUGUUUCCUCACCGUUCUUAUGAUCAUUGCAUCUCCACGAGGUGAGAUGUUGCAUGGAGCCCCAGGCCGAUGGAGAUUUACAGUUAUUCUGUGUUUCUUCCAUUUGCAAAUAAUCACACCAACUGUUGUCACCUUCUCACCAAGCUGCUUGGCAAUGGUCUUGUAGCCCAUUCCAGCCUUGUGUAGGUCUACAAUAUUUUCCCUAACAUCCUUGGAGAGCUCUGUGGUCUUGGCCAUGGUGGAGAGUUUGGAAUCUAAUUGAUUGAUUGCUUCUGUGGACAGGUGUCUUUUAUACAGGUAACAAGCUGAGAUUAGGAGCACUCCCUUUAAGAGUGUGCUCCUAAUCUCAGCUCAUUACCUGUAUAAAAGACACCUGGGAGCCAGAAAUCUUUCUGAUUUAGAGGGGGUCAAAUACUUAUUUCCCUCAUUAAAAUGCAAAUAAAUUUAUAACAUUUUUGACAUGCGUUUUUCUGGAUUGUUUUGUUGUUAUUCUGUCUCUCACUGUUCAAAUAAACCCACCAUUAAAAUUAUAGAGUGAUCAUUUCUUUGUCAGUGGGCAAACUUACAAAAUCAGCAGGGGAUCAAAUACUUUUUUCCCUCACUGUAGCUACUCUUCAAUCCCUUAGUAAGGUAAUGUCAUGGCUUUUGAAGGUCGUCGGGGAGUUUGAACUAGAUGUCAAAAUAAAUCCUAUUUCCACUAAAACAAUGAUUUUGGGCGAUAUUAUGACUAAAUGUACUACAUUUUCUGGAAUACUAACCCAGAUUGUUUGGAGUGUUUUUUUAUCAUUCAGUUCUGGAAUUAUUUCAAAUAAUCAAUUCGAUAUAUUGAGAAACUCAAUAUUGACACUGGUUCCAUUUUGGGGUGUUAUUAAUCUCAUAUUUCCACAGUUGUUUUGUAUUGUAUUGUAACCUCUGCGCUUCCCCCUUGUAGCUGCACUCGGAUGUGGACAAGGGUGAAGGGCGGGUGAAGUACGUGCUCAAUGGCGAGGGAGCUACCUCCAUCUUCACCAUCGACGAGAACACGGGUGACAUCCAUGCCACCAAGCGUCUGGACCGCGAGGAGCAGGCUUACUACACACUCCGGGCUCAGGCCAGGCACCGCGACACCAACCUGCCCGUGGAACCAGAGUCUGAGUUUGUCAUCAAGGUCCAGGAUAUUAACGACAAUGAGCCCAAGUUCCUGGACGGGCCCUACUCAGCCAGAGUCCCCGAGAUGUCCCCGGUGGGUGAGUAACAUCAAGUGACCCGGCGGGUCAAAAACAGAGCAAAAAACAGUUUCUGGUUGGAAUGAUGUCAUUUUAACCAGGUCAUGUCAAAGACAUCAUGUCAAUGAAAUCAUUUCAACCACGUUAUUUCAACCACGUCAUGUCAACCAAGUCACGUCAGCCACGUCAUGUCAAUGACGUUCGUUCAUACACGUUAUUUCAACCACAGCAGGUCAACCACGUCAUGUCAAUUACGUUAUUUCAACCAAGUCAUGUCAACCUGUUUUGCCUGCUGGAAAGGCCUAUAGGGUGUUGCAGAACAUUCAUAGGGGAUGACAAGCAAUAGACAUACACUGUAGUAGUAUGAACACUGUAUUAGUAUGGACACUGUAGUAGUAUGGACACUGUAGUAGUAUGGACUAGUAUGAAGACACUGUAGUAGUAUGAACACUGUAUUAGUAUGGACACUGUAGUAGUAUGGACACUGUCAGUAGUAUGGACUAGUAUGAAGGACACUGUAGUAGUAUGGACACUGUAUUAGUAUGGACACUGUAGUAGUAUGGACACUGUAGUAGUAUGGACUAGUAUGAAGACACUGUAGUAGUAUGGACACUGUAUUAGUAUGGACACUGUAGUAGUAUGGACACUGUAGUAGUAUGGACUAGUAUGAAGACACUGUAGUAGUAUGAACACUGUAGUAGUAUGGACACUGUAGUAGUAUGGACACUGAAGUAGUAUGAAGACACUGUAGUAGUAUGAAGACACUGUAGUAGUAUGAAGACAAUGUAGUAGUAUGGACACUGUAGUAGUAUGGACACUGUAGUAGUAUGGACACUGUUUUAGUAUGAAGACAAUGUAGUAGUAUGGACACUGUGUAGUAUGAAGACACUGUAGUAGUAUGAAGACUGUAGUAGUAUACAGACUACAUGGUCUCCUGAGUGGUGCAGUGGUCUAAGGCACUGCAUCGCAGUGCUAACUGUGCCACUGGAGAUCCUGGUUCGAAUCCAGGCUCUGUCGCAGCCGGCCGCGACCGGGAGAAUCAUGGGCAGCGCACAAUUGGCCCAGCGUCGUCCAGGGUAGGGGAGGGAAUGGCCGGCAGGGAUGUAGCUCAGUUGAUAGAGCAUGGCGUUUGCAACGCCAGGGUUGUGGGUUCGUUUCCCACGGGGGGCCAGUAUAAAUAUAUAUAUGUAUUCACUAACUGUAAGUCGCUCUGGAUAAAAUGUAAAUGUAGUAUGAACUGUAAAGUCGCUCUGGACACUAAAAUGUAAAUGUAGUAUGGACACUGUAGUAGUAUGAAGACUGUAGUAGUAUGGUAACUGUUUUAGUAUGAAGACAAUGUAGUAGUAUGGACACUGUAGUAUAAUGAAGAUACUGUAGUAGUUUGAAGACACUGUAGUAGUAUGGACACUGUAUUAGUAUGAAGACACUGUAGUAGUAUGGACACUGUAGUAGUAUGGACACUGUAGUAGUAUGAAUAUACUGUAGUAGUAUGGACACUGUAGUAGUAUGAAUAUACUGUAGUAGUAUGGACACUGUAGUAGUAUGAUUAUACUGUAGUAGUAUGAAGACACUGUAGUAGUAGGAAGACACUGUAGUAGUAUGGACACUGUAGUAGUAUGUUCACUGUAUUAGAUAUGAAGAUGCUGUAGUACUAUGAAGACACUGUAGUAGUAUGAAGACACAGUAGUAGUAUGGACACUGUAGUAGUAUGGACACUGUAGUAUUAUGGACACUGUAUUAGUAUGAAGACACUGUAGUAGUAUGGACACUGUAGUAGUAUGAAGACACUGUAGUAGUAUGGACACUGUAGUAGUAUGAAUAUACUGUAGUAGUAUGGACACUGUAGUAGUAUGGACACUGUAGUAGUAUGAAGACACUGUAGUGUAUAAGACCUGUCGUAGUAUGGACAUGUAGUAUUUAUGGACACUGUAGUAGUAUGAAGGACACUGUAGUUGUAUGGACACAGUAGUAGUAUGGACACUGUAGUAUUAUGGACACUGUGUUAGUAUGAAGACACUGUAGUAGUAUGGACACUGUAGUAGUAUGAAGACACUGUAGUAGUAUGGACACUGUAGUAGUAUGAAGACACUGUAGUAGUAUGAAGACACUGUAGUAGUACGGACACUGUAGUAGUAUGAAGACACUUUAGUAGUAUGAAGAUACUGUAGUAGUAUGAAGACAACAUAGUAGUAUGAAGACAAUGUAGUAGUAUGGACCAUGUAGUAGUAUGGACACUGUAGUAGUAUGAAGACACUGUAGUAGUAUGGACACUGUAGUAGUAUGAAGACAUUGUAGUAGUAUGGACACUGAAGUAGUAUGAAGAUACUGUAGUAGUAUGGACACUGUAGUAGUAUGGACACCGUAGUAGUAUGGACACUGUAGUAGUAUGAAGACACUAUAGUAGUAUGAAGACACUGUAGUAUUAUGGACACUGUAGUAGUAUGAAGACACUGUAGUAGUAUGGACACUGUAGUAGUAUGGACACUGUAGUAGUAUGAAGAUACUAUAGUAGUAUGGACACUGUUAAGUUAGUAUGGCCACUGUAUUGUAUGGACACGUAGUAGUAUGGAAGAACCUGUAUAGUAUGGCGACACUGUAGUAGUAAUUAAGACACUGUAAGUAACGAGCAGAUAAAUACGGAAAGGGCAACCUACAAGCAUCAAGUAAGAAGUACAUAGACGAAACAGGCAAAAAGCGAAAAAGAAUGAAACAGCCGGGGAGUCAUGGGUAGAAGGGUCCAAUAAGAAACAAUCAACGGAUACGAAGACGAGUAUUUGAACUAGUAGUAGGGACACUGUAGUAUUAGGAAGACUUUAAUUUAUGAAGACACUGUAGUAGUAUGGACACUGUAGUAGUAUGGACACUGUAGUAGUAUGAAGACCCUGUAGUAGUAUGAAGACACUGUCGUAGUAUGAAGACACUGUAUUAGUAUGAAGACACUGUAGUAGUAUGGACACUGUAGUAGUAUGGACUAGUAUGAAGACACUAUAGUAGUAGGGACACUGUAGUAGUAUGGACACUGUAGUAGUAUGGACACUGCAGUAGUAUGAAGGCACUGUAGUACUAUGAAGACAACGUAGUAGUAUGAAGACACUGUAGUAGUAUGGACACUGUAGUAGAAUGAAGACACUGUAGAAGUAUGGACACUGUAGUAGUAUGAAGACAUUGUAGUAGUAUGGGACACUGUAGUAGUAUGGACACUGUAGUAGUAUGGACACUGUAGUAGUAUGAAGACACUAUACUAGGCGAAGACACUGAAUAUGUUUACAUGCACACUAAUAAUUCGAUACUGUACUGAUAAUGGCAGUAGGCACCUUAUUCUGCUUAUCUUUAAUUGGCGUAAGGUCAAAAUGGAAGUAAGCGUACACCUGGUUUUCUGAGCAAUCUUUCAAAUGAUUAGGACAUGUAAACACCUUAAUUGGCGUUCUUGCGGUGUAUUUGAUCUGCGCAUCUGCUAGCACCAGCCCAGUGAUCCUCCCUAUUUAGCGCGAGUGCAGUGAGUUUAAAAAUAACUGUCAAUCUGCCUCGGCCUGGGGCUCCAUGCAAGAUCUCACCUUGUGGAGUUGCAAUGAUCAUGAGAACGGUGAGGAAUCAGCCCAGAACUACACGGGAGGAUCUUGUCAAUGAUCUCAAGGCAGCUGGGACGAUAGUCACCAAGAAAACAAUUGGUAACACACUACACCGUGAAGGACUGAAAUCCUGCAGCGCUCACAAGGUCCCCCUGCUUAAGAAAGCACAUAUACAUGCCUGUCUGAAGUUUGCGAAUGAACAUCUGAAUGAUUCAGAGGAGAACUGGGUGAAAGUGUUGUGGUCAGAUGAGACCAAAAUCGAGCUCUUUGGCAACAACUCAACUCGCUGUGUUUGGAGGAGGAGGAAUGCUGCCUAUGAUCCCAAGAACACCAUCCCCACCGUCAAACAUGGAGGUGGAAACAUUAUGCUUUGGGGGUGUUUUUCUGCUAAGGGGACAGGACAACUUCACCGGAUCAAAGGGACGAUGGACGGGGCAAUGUACUGUUAAAUCUUGGGUGAGAACCUCCUUCCCUUAGCCAGGGCAUUGAAAAUGGGUCGUGGAUGGGUAUUCCAGCAUGACAAUGACCCAAAACACACGGCCAAGGCAAAAAAGGAGUGGCUCAAGAAGAAGCACAUUAAGGUCCUGGAGUGGCCUAGCCAGUGUCCAGACCUUAAUCCCAUAGAAAAUCUGUGGAGGGAGCUGAAGGUUCGAGUUGCCAAACGUCAGCCUCGAAACCUUAAUGACUUGGAGAAGAUCUGCAAAGAGGAGUGGGACAAAAUCCCUCCUGAGAUGUGUACAAACCUGGUGGCCAACUACAAGAAACGUCUGACCUCUGUGAUUGCCAACAAGGGUUUUGCCACCAAGUACUAAGUAAUGUUUUGCAGAGGGGUCAAAUACUUAUUUCCCUCAUUAAAAUGCAAAUCAAUUUAUAACAUUUUUGACAUGCGUUUUUCUGGAUUUUUUUUGUUGUUAUUCUGUCUCUCAAUGUUCAAAUAGACCUACCAUUAAAAUUAUAGACUGAUCAUGUCUUUGUCAGUGGGCAAACGUACAAAAUCAGUAGGGGAUCAAAUACUUUUUUCCCUCACUGUAGGCCAUAGUGCAAAAUAGUUACAAUUUUGUUUUAUAACAUUGGAAUGAUACAUGUGCAAAAUAUGAUGUGCAAAUAGAGAUACUGGGGUGCAAAUGAGCAAAAUAAAUAACAAUAUCGGGAUGAAGUAGUUGGGUGGGCUAAUUUCAGAAUGGCUGUGUACAGGUGCAGUGAUCAGUAAGCUGCUCUGACAACUGACGCUUAAAGUUAGUGAGGGAGAUAAGAGUCUCCAGCUUCAGAGAUUUUUGCAGUUCGUUCCAGUCAUUGGCAGCAGAGCACUGGAAGGAAUGGCGGCCAAAGGAGGUGUUGGCUUUGGGAAUGACCAGUGAGAUAUACCUGCUGGAGCGCAGACUACGGGUGGGUGUUGCUAUGGUGACCAGUGAGCUAAGAUAAGACGGGGAUUUGCCUAACAGUGAUUUAUAGAUGAUCUGGAGCCAGUGGGUUUGGCGACGAAUAUGUAGUGAGGGCCAGCCAACAAGAGCGUACUGGUCACAAUGGUGGGUAGUAUAUGGGGCUUUAGUGACAAAAUGGAUGGCACUGUGAUAGACUACAUCCAAUUUGCUGAGUAGAGUGUUGGAGGCUAUUUUGUAAAUGACAUCUCCGAAGUCAUGGAUCGGUAGGAUAGUCAGUUUUACGAGGGCAUGUUUGGCAGCAUGAGUGAAGGAGGCUUUGUUGCGAAAUAGGAAGCCAAUUCUAGAUCUAACUUUUGAUUGGAGAUGCUUAAUGUGAGUCUGGAAGGAGAGUUUACAGUCUAACCAGACACCUAGGUAUUUGUAGUUGUCCACAUACUCUAGGUCAGUCCUGCCGAGAGUAGUGAUUCUAGUCGGGUGGGCGGGUGCAAGCAGCGUUCGGUUGAAGAGCAUGCAUUUAGUUUUACUAGUGUUUAAGUGCAGUUGGAGGCUACGGAAGGAGUGUUGUAUGGCGUUGAAGCUCGUUUGGAGGUUUGUUAACACAGUGUCCAAUGAAGGGCCAGAUGUAUACAAAAUGGUGUCGUCCGCAUAGAGGUGGAUCCGAGCGUCACCAGCAGCAUUGACAUACACAGAGAAUAGAGUCGGCCUGAGAAUUGAACCCAGUGGCACCCCCGUAGAGACGGCCAGAGGUCCAGACAACAGGCCCUCCGAUUUGACACAUUGAACUCUAUCUGAGAAGUAGUUGGUGAACCAGGCGAGGCAGUCAUUAGAGAAACCAAGGUUAUUUAAUCUGCCAAUAACAAUGCAGUGGUUGACAGAGUCGAAAGCCUUGGCCAGGUCGAUGAAGACGGCUGCGCAGUACUGUCUUUUAUCGAUGGCAGUUAUAAUAUCAUUUAGGAGCGUGGCUAAGGUGCACCCAUGACCAGCUCGGAAACCGGAUUGCAUAGCGGAGAAGGUACGGUGGGAUUCGAAAUGGUCGGUGAUCUGUUUGUUAACUUGGCUUUCAAAUACUUUCGAAAGGCAGGGCAGGAUGGAUAUAGGUCUAUAACAGUUUGGAUCUAGAGCAGGGGUGUCAAACUCAUUUUAGCUCAGGGGCCACAUGGAGGAAAAUCUAUUCCCAAGUGGGCCGGACCGGAAAAAUCAUGGUAUAUAUAACUUAAAAACAACAACUUCAGAUUGUUUUCUUUGUUUUAAUACGAUCAACAUACAACAUAAAGCUGGAGCCUGAGGACAGUGUGUCCAAAAUAGUACAAGCACAACAUCACUAUUAAUCAUAAAACACCUCAAGUUAUUUGAAAGUUCUGAGGACAAAGAACACACAAACACACAAUGCCUCAGUGAUUAACAGAACUGUUUCACAGAUCACAGAACUAUAUCAGGGUGUCAUUUCUCAGGCAGAAAUGUAGAUACAAAUAAUGAAAUCCUGUUCCCCAAACAAGUGCAAGAACCACAGAGUCAAGAAUAGGUUAAAUAUACAAAUAAAAUAAAAUCAAUUAAAAACAAUAGCACAUCAACAUAAAAACAUAUAAACAUAAAGCUGGAGCCUGAGGACAGUGUCCAAAAGCACAACAUCACUAUUAAUCAUAAAACACCUCAAGUUAUUUGAAUGUUCUGAGGACAAAGAACACACAAACACACAAUGCCUCAGUGAUUAACAGAACUGUUUCACAGAUCACAGAACUAUAUCAGGGUGUCAUUUCUCAGGCAGAAAUGUAGAUAAAAAUAAUGAAAUCCUGUUCCUCAAACAAGUGCAAGAACCACAGAGUCAAGAAUAGGUUAAAUAUACAAAUAAAAUCAAUUAAAAACAAUAGCACAUCAACAUAAAAACAUAAACAUAAAUCUGAAAACGUUGCUCAAACUCCCGUAACAGUCCCGUUAUUUUAUCUUUGAACCGCUUCAUGUCUGCCACAUGUUGGGUCGCGCACACAUUUUUCAGACAGGGGAAGUGAGCUGCAUCACCACCGGCAAGUUGCGUCUCCCACAAUGACAGCUUCAACUUGAAAGAACGUAUGCUGUCAUAAUACUGCGUGACAACUUUGUUGCGCCCUUGCAGCUGUUUGAUCAAGUUAUUCAGGUGCUCUGUAACAUCCACCAUAAAUGCAAGGUCCUGCAUCCAUUCUGCGGAAUGAAAUUCUAACACUGGUUUGCCCUUUUCUUCCAUGAACUGUUCAAUUUCUUCUCGUAAAUCAAAGAAACGCCUCAGCACAGCACCUCGGCUUAACCAUCUUACCUCAGUGUGGUAUGGCAGGCCAUAGAUGUGGUCUUUCUCUCUGAGAAGGCUGUCAAACUGACGGUGAUUCAGGCUUCUGGAUCGGAUGAAAUUAACAGUUUGGAUGACCACCUUCAUGACGUUAUCCAUCUUUAAUGACUUGCAACACAAAGCCUCCUGGUGCAAAAUACAGUGAAAAGUAAAAAAAUCACGUCCUCCAUUUGCAGAUUGCACUUUCUCUCUGAACUUUGUCACAACGCCUGCUUUUUUCCCGAUCAUUGAGGGCGCACCAUCUGUAGCCAGGCUGACAGCGACCCUGUCCAGCGCGCCGACGAGUGCGGUAAAAAUAUCAGCUGCUGUCGUUGUAUCUGUCAUCGGCACCAACUCCACGAACUCCUCGGUGACGGUCAAUGUGUCAUCAACUCCGCGGAUGAAAAUGGCCAGUUGUGCAACAUCUGUAAUGUCCGUGCUUUCAUCAAUUGCAACCGAAAACGCAAUAAAUGACUUUACUUUUUGCUUCAACUGGCUGUCCAAAUCCACUGAAAGAUCGGAAAUCCUGUCUGCAACUGUGUUUCUUGUCAGGCUGAUAUUUGCAAAAGCCUGCCGCUUUUCAGGGCACACAAUCUCCGCUGCCUUCAUCAUGCAUGUUUUUACAAAUUCACCCUCACUAAAUGGUUUUGAAGCCACUGUGAUUUCAUUAGCAAUGAGGUAGCUAGCUUUCACUGCAGCGUCACUGAUGUUUCGGCUGUGAGUAAACACAGACUGCUGUUUCUUCAGACCCGCCAACAGUUCAUUCACCUUCUCUCAUCUCCGCUGUCCUUGAAAGUUGUCAUAUUUGUCGGCAUGAAGACUCACAUAGUGGCGACAAAGGUUAUAUUCUUUCAGCACUGCAACAUGCUCUGAACACACCAAACAUACAGCUUUCCCAUUCAAUUCCGUGAAUAAAUAGGAUGACCAUUUUUCUUGGAACACUCUGCACUCUGCGUCCACUUUUCUCUUUAUUGACAGAGACAUAUUGGGGCAAUGAGGGUGCCAAAGCACAUAAUGUUAAAAGUAGAAGCCGUAAUAAAUAUCGCGGGCAAAACAAAGUAGCUCAUUGGCGGCACGUGCUUGACCUACUUGCUCUGCCCCGGUAUAAACAGUUUGCUUGCUUAACACAAUUGCUAUUGCGCCAUCCAGUGGACGCAAUUGGAACAGCAGUUUAUUUUAUUGAAAAAUUGCAGCGCAUUUUUAUACUUAAAUCAUCUCGCGGGCCGGAUUAAACCCGUUUGCGGGCCUGAUCCGGCCCGCGGGCCAUACGUUUGACACCCCUGAUCUAGAGUGUCACCCCCUUUGAAGAGGGGGAUGACCGCGGCAGCUUUACAAUCUCUGGGGAUCUCAGAUGUUACGAAAGAGAGGUUGAACAGGCUAGUAAUAGGGGUUGCGACAAUUUCGGCGGCUAAUUUUAGAAAGAAAGGGUCCAGAUUGUCUAGCCCAGCUGAUUUGUAGGGGUCCAGAUUGUUCAGCUCUUUCAGAACAUCAGCUGUCUGAAUUUGUGUGAAGGAGAAGCAGGGGGGGGGGGGGGGGGGGGGGCUUUGGCAAGUUGCAGCGGAGGGUGCAGAGCUGGUGGCCGGGGCAGUGGUAGCUAGGUGGAAAGCAUGGCCAGCCGUAGCAAAAUGCUUGUUGAAAUUCUCAAUUAUUGUAGAUUUAUCGGUGGUGACAGUGUUUCCUAGCCUCAGUGCAGUGGGCAGUUGGGAGGAGGUGCUCUUAUUUUCCAUGGAUUUUACAGUGUCCCAUAACAUUUUGGAGUUAGUGCUAAAGGAUGCAAAUUUCUGUUUGAAAAGCUAGCCUUUGCUUUCCUAACUAAUUGCGUAUAUUGGUUCCUGACUUCCCUGAAAAGUUGCAUAUCGCGGUGGCUGUUCGAUGCUAAUGCAGUACGCCACAGGAUGUUUUUGUGCUGGUCAAGAGCAGUCAAGUCUGAGGACAACCAGGGGCUAUAUCUGUUCUUAGUUCUGCAUUUUUUGAAUGGGGCAUGCUUAUUUUAGAUUGAGAGGAAAGCACUUUUAAAGAACAACCAGGCAUCCUCUACUGACGGAAUGAGGUCAAUAUCCAUCCAGGGUACCCGGGCCAGGUCAAUUAGAAAUGCCUGCUUGCUGAAGUGUUUUAGGGAGCAUUUGACAGUGAUGAGGGGUGGUCGUUUGACCGCGGACCCAUUAUGGACGCAGGCAAUAAGGCAGUGAUCGCUGAGAUCCUGGUUGAAGACAGCGGAGGUGUAUUUAGAGGGUACAUUUGUCAGGAUGAUAUCUAUGAGGGUGCUCAUGUUAACAUGGGGUUGUACCUGGUAGGUUCGUUGAUAAUUUGUGUGAGAUUGAGGGCAUCUAGUUUAGAUUGUAGGUUGGCCGGGGUGUUAAGCAUAUCUCAGUUUAGGUCACCAAGCAGUACGAACACUGAGGAUAGAUGGGGGGCAAUCAGUUCACAUAUGGUAUCCAGGGCACAGCUUGGAGCUGAGGGGGGUCUGUAGCAAGCGGCAACAGUGAGAGACUUAUUUCUGGAAAGGUGGAUUUUUAGAAGUAGAAGCUCAAACUGUUUGGGCACAGACCUGGAUAGUACGAUAGAGCUCUGCAGGCUAUCUCUACAGUAGAUUGCAACCCCACCCCCUUUGGCAGUUCUAUCGAGACAGAAAAUGUUGUAGUUGGGGAUGGAAAUGUCUGAAUUUUUGGUGGUCUUCCUAAGCCAGGAUUCAGACACUGCUAUAACAUCAGGGUUGGCAGAGUGUACUAACGCAGUGAAUAAAUCAAACUUAGGGAGGAGGCUUCGGAUGUUAACGUGCAAGAAACCAAGGCUUUUACGGUUACAGAAGUCAACAAAUGAUAAUUCCUGGGGAGUAGGAGUGAUACUGGGGGCUACAGGGCCUGGGUUAACCUCUACAUCACCAGAGGAACAGAGGUGGAGUAGAAUAAGGAUACAUUUACAUUUCAGUAGACGCUCUUAUCCAGAGCGACUUACAGUUAGUAAGUGCAUACAUUAUUUUUUAUACUGGCCCCCCCCCCGUGGGAAUCGAACCCACAACCCUGGCGUUGCAAACGCCAUGCUCUACCAACUGAGCUACAUCCCUGCCGGCCAUUCCCUCCCCUACCCUGGACAACGCUGGGCAUAUUGUGCACCGCCCCACUGGUCUCCCGGUCGCGGCCGGCUACGACAGAGCCUGGAUUCGAACCAGGAUCUCUAGUGGCACAGCUAGCGCUGCAAUGCAGUGCCUUAGACCACUGCGCCACUCGGGAGGAUGGCUAAAGGCUUUAAGUACUGGUCUUCUAGUACGUUGGGUACAGAGAAAAGAAAGGGCAGAUUUCAGGGAGUUGUAGAAUAGAUUCAGGGCAUUAUGUACAGACAAGGAUAUGGAAGGAUAUGAGUACAGUGGAGGUAAACCUAAGCAUUGGGUAACGAUGAAAGAGAUAGCAUCACUGGAGGCACCGAUUGAGUCGGUCUCCGUGUGUAUAGGGGGUGGGACAAAGGAGCUAUCUAUGGCAGGUAGAGCUGGGCUGGGGGAUCUACAGAUGAAAUAGUACAAUAAGAAAUAACCGAAACAGCAAUAAGCAAGGCACAUUGCCAUGGGAGAGAGGCAUAAAGCAAUCACAGGUGUUAUUCGAGAGAGCUAAGACAACAGCUGGUAUUGGCGACAAAGUUUGGGCUGAGGCUAAACAUAAACAGGAUGCGGUACCGUAUAAAGGAACAGUCCAGCAGGCAUCUACUGUAUAGCUGAGUUAUCGUAAGGUCCGGUGAACAGCAAUAGGAGAGUUCGGAGGUAGUUCGGGGGCUGCUACAGCACUGGCGAGCAAGAGGCCACGGCUUGCGUGUGCUAGCGGACCGGGACUAGCAGAUGGAUCUUUGUGGUCGACGUCAUAACGGGAAGCCUGUUGAAACCACAUCAGACGAUUUCGUCGGCAGACCAGUCGUGUUGGAUCGGCAGGGCUCUGUGUCAACACUGGGAGGUCCCGUCCAGUUGACAGAUAGGUAGAUAGCCGGGAGAUGGGCCAACAAAAACAUCAAUUUGGUUGCAGCUAGCUAGUUGCGACGAUCCGGUGUUAAAGGUCCAGUGAUUCAGUGAUUCCGGCAGAAAAAUGAUAUGUUCUGGGUCGAUAACGCGCUGUGAAGACAGUGCAGACUGGCCGAUAAUAGUCCAGGCUAGAGCUGGCUGGUAGGUAGUGCAGACCACGGACAAUGGUGAAAAACCGCUAACGGUGGCUAAUAGCAAGUAGCUAGUUAGCUGGCUACUCCCGUCCUCUAGACAGAUAGGUAGAUGGCCAGGAUAUGGGCCUGGCUCGAGGCUAGCUCAAGGCUAACUGGUGCUUGCUUCGGGGGCAGGGGUGAUUAGCCAACAGCAACAUCCAUUCGGUUGCGGCUAGCUAGUUGCAAUCCGGUGUUAAUGUCCAAUGAUUCAGUUGUUCCGGCAGAAAAUCCGAUGUUCUGGGUGAAAACCGCUAACGGUGGCUAAUAGCAAGUAGCUAGUUAAUGGCUAGCUAGUUUCAACUGGAGAUUCUAGAUAAAAGGUAAGUCAAUAAUAGAAUCCGUUCCACAUUGAGUGAGGCAGGUUGCAGGAAAGUAUAUUUAGUAGAAGGAUGAAAAGUGUGAUAGGAAAAUAUGUAAAAAAAAUAAAUAAAAAUGGCUAUUUACACGGACACACAACAAAGAACAUGACGACACUGCUACGGCAUCUUGGUUAACCUUGAAAUGUUUCUACAACUUGAUUGGAGUCCACCUGUGGUAAAUUCAAUUGACUGGACAUGAUUUGGAAAGGCACACACCUGUGUAUUUAAGGUCCCACAGUUGACAGUGCAGGUCAAAGGAGUUGUCCGUAGAGCUCCGAGACAGGAUUGUGUCGAGGCACAGAUCUGGGGAAGGGUACCAAAAAAUGUCUGCAGCAUUGAAGGUCCCCAAGAACACAGUGGCCUCCAUCAUUCUUAAGUGGUAGAAGUUUGGAACCACCAAGAUUCUUCCUAGAGCUGGCCGCCCAGCCAAACUGAGCAAUCGGGGGAGAAGGGCCUUGGUCAGGGAGGUGACCAAGAACCCGAUGGUCACUCUGACAGAGCUCCAGAGUUCCUCUGUGGAGAUGUGAGAACCUUCCAGAAGGACAACCAUCUCUGCAGCACUCCAGCAUUCAGGCCUUUAUGUCAGUGUGGCCAGGCGGAAGCUACUCCUCAGUAAAAGGCACAUGACAGCCAGCUUGGAGUUUGCUAAAAGGCACCUAAAGAACUCUUUGGUCUGAAUGUCAAGUGUCACGUCUGGAGGAAACCUGGCACCAUCCCUACGGUGAAGCAUGGUGGUGGCAGCAUCAUGCUGUGGGGAUGUUUUUCAGCGGCAGGGACUGGGAGACUAGUCAGGAUUGAGGGAAAGAUGAACGGAGCUAAGUACAGAGAGAUCCUUGAUGGAAACUUGCUCCAGAGUGCUCAGGACCUCAGACUUGGGCGAAGGUUCAACUUCCAACAGGACAACGACCCUAAGCACACAGCCAAGACAACGCAGGAGUGGCUUCGGGACAAGUCUCUGAAUGUCCUUGAGUGGCUCAGCCAGAUUCCUGACUUGAACCCGAUCUAACAUGUUUUGAGAGACCUGAAAAUAGCUGUGCAGCGACGCUCCCCAUCCAACCUGACAGAGCUUGAGAGGAUCUGCAGAGAAGAAUGGGAGAACUCCACAAAUACAGGUGUGCCAAGCUUGUAGUGUCAUACCCAAGAAGACUUGAGGCUGUAAUCGCUGCCAAACGUGCUUCAACAAAGUACUGAGUAAAGGGUCUGAAUACUUAUGUAAAUGUAAUAUUUCCGUUUUUUAUUUUUAAUGCAUUUGCAAAAAGUUUUAAAAAAUAAACAGUUUUUGCUUUGUCAUUAUGGGGUGUCGUGCGUAGAUUGAUGAGUGGGGAAAAAACAAUGCAAUCCAUUUUAGAAUAAGGCUGUAAUGUAAUAAAAUGUGGAAAAGUCAAGGGGUCUGAAUACUUUCAGAGUGCACUGUACGUCCCAACUCAAUCAAAUAUGCGUCCCAGAAAUAACAUGGUUGCUGUAGUAGAACGUUUAAUUUGAUUGGUGAUUUUCUGCAUUUAUCAGAGUGCCAUCAGGUAGCCUGAUUACAGAUGUGUGUCACGCCCUGACUCAGUGGACGCUUAUAUGUUGAGUCAGGGUGUGUAUAUUCCUUGUUGUGCUUUUUCUAUGUUGUCGAUCUAGUAUGUGUGGAUCUAUGUUGGCCGGUGUGGUCCCAAUCAGAGGCAGCUGUCGCUCGUUGUCUCUGAUUGGGGACUGUCUAGUUGUGGGAUCUUGUUCCGUGUAAGGUUUGUUGUUCUGUUCUACCUUGGACUUCACGUUUUGUUUCCUUUGUUGUUUUGUCGUGUUGUUUAUUAAGUUCAAUAAACAUGUACGCAUAUCACGCUGCGCCUUGGUCUGACCCGUCCUUCAACGAACGUGACAAUGUGUCCAUGUACACAGGAUUAUUAGGGAAUUCAUUUUUCCUGCAAAGCAUGUAAACUUUUGAAUCUAACUAUUAUAUUAAUCUGACUAUCCACAAUAAUUGCAUUGUUGUGUGCAUGUAACCGCACUCGCUGUGUAGUAUGGAGACUGUAGUAUGGAGACUGUAGUAUGGAGACUGUAGUAUGGAGACUGUAGUAUGGAGACUGUAGUAUGGAGACUGUAGUAUGGAGACUGUAGUAUGGAGACUGUAGUAUGGAGACUGUAGUAUGGAGACUGUAGUAUGGAGACUGUAGUAUGGAGACUGUGGUAUGGAGACUGUAGUAUGGAGACUGUGGUAUGGAGACUGUAGUAUGGAGACUGUAGUAUGGAGACUGUAGUAUGGAGACUGUAGUAUGGAGACUGUAGUAUGGAGACUGUGGUAUGGAGACUGUAGUAUGGAGACUGUAGUAUGGAGACUGGUUAGGUAUGGAGACUGUAGUAUGGAGACUGUAGUAUGGAGACUGUAGUAUGGAGACUGUGUAUGGAGACUGUAGUAUGGAGACUGUAGUAUGGAGACUGUAGUGGAUGGAGACUGUAGUAUGGAGACUGUAGUAUGGAGACUGUAGUAUGGAGACUGUAGUAUGGAGACUGUAGUAUGGAGACUGUAGUAUGGAGACUGUAGUAUGGAGACUGUAGUAUGGAGACUGUAGUAUGGAGACUGUAGUAUGGAGACUGUAGUAUGGAGACUGUUGGUGUAUGGAGACUGUAGUAUGGAGACUGUAUAGACUAUAUGGAGAGAACUGUGUAUGGAGACUGGUAUGGAGACGUAUAUGGAGACUGUGUAUGGAGACUGUAGUAGGACUGUGAUGGAGACUGUAGUAUGGAGGACUGUAGUUAUGGAGACUGUGGUAUGGAGACGUGUAUGGAGACUGUAGUAUGAGACGUGAUGGAGCUGUGAGUAUGGAGACUGUAGUAUGGGACUGGUAUGGAGACUGUAGUAUGGAGACUGGUGGUAUGGAGACUGUAGUAUGGAGACUGUAGUAUGGAGACUGUAGUAUGGAGACUGUAGUAUGGAGACUGUAGUAUGGAGACUGUAGUAUGGAGGGUGUUUUGUUUGACAUUUUCAGUAGUUUGGUUUUUCAAUUCCUCGGCUUAUAAUAUCUGGAGCAAAUGUUUCGGCCAUUAGGUCAUCAUCCUACAGGCACACAGCUUAGUGAUCAGAUGUAAAGCCAGUGAGGAACGGGGCAAGCUGCAGUAUAAUUGGCUCUUUUCUCUCUUGUGAUUUUCAUUGACAAUGUUUGCUAGCCAAUUGACACCCUAUUCCCUACAUAGUGCACUAAUUCUGACCAGGGCCCAUCAAAAGUAGUGCACUAUGUAGAAAAUAGGGUGCCAUUUGGUUCACACUCAUUGAAAAUGUCAAGAGAAAAAGAGCCGAAUAUAUCGCAGCAUGCACUGUUCCUUGCUGGCUUUUCAUACAUAUUAUCUAAAAUCAUUAACACCAGAUGGGAGAUUAAUGGAUCUUAUUAAGAGAAAAUGAUUUGUUUAAUUUGGUAAUUAGAGGACUGAGCUUGUAUGCGGGAAGCCAACCUUUGUGACCAAAGAAAAACGUCUCUCAAGAUGUCUCUUAAGCCAAUGGGACAAACAAGAUGGAGAAAGAAACCUGAAAUCUGCCGGCUAUAGUAUUUUCUUUUAUACCUGGGGAAGAGUUACAGGGGAGAGGAGUGGGGAUGAAUGAUUCAAUUGGAAGCUGGGGUUGAUUAGGUGGCCAUUAUGGUACGAGGGCCAGAUUGGGAAUUUAGCCAGGACACUGAGAUUAAUUCCCCUACUCUUACGAUAAAUGCCAUGGGAUCUUUUUGACCACAGAGAGUCAGGACACCUGUUUAACCUCCCUUCCGAAGGACAGCAGGGCAAUGUUCCCAAUCACUGCCCUGGGACAUCGGGAUCUUUAGACCAGAAGAAAGAGUGCCUCCAACACCACAGCAUCAUCUGGUGUCCCAUCCAGCAGUAUCUGGUCUCCCAUCCAGCAUCUCUGGUCUCCCAUCCAGCAUCUCUGGUCUCCCAUCCAGCAUCAUCUGGUCUCCCAUCCAGCAGCAUCUGGUCUCCCAUCCAGCAGCAUCUGGUCUCCCAUCCAGCCGCAUCUGGUGUCCCAUCCAGCCGCAUCUGGUCUCACAUCCAGCCGCAUCUGGUCUCACAUCCAGCCGCAUCUGGUCUCACAUCCAGCCGCAUCUGGUCUCCCAUCCAGCCGCAUCUGGUCUCACAUCCAGCCGCAUCUGGUCUCCCAUCCAGCCGCAUCUGGUCUCACAUCCAGCCGCAUCUGGUCUCCCAUCCAGCCGCAUCUGGUCUCACAUCCAGCAGCAUCUGGUCUCCCAUCCAGCCGCAUCUGGUGUCCCAUCCUUCUUCAUAUCUUUCCUACUUUCUCUCCUUUGUAUGAAAUUACAGAAUGAGUGAGAAUUCCCACUCCUUUAUAAAAAUAAAAAAUAAAGAAAUAUGUGACUUGUGUAGCCGUGCUGUUCCUCAGUGCGGCAUAAUGUAAACACAAUAAAUGUUCUGGAAGCUUCUCCACGGCUCUGCGCCGUGACACCAACUGAGAAGGUCCCCAAACGUCUUUAUGGACUUAUAACAACUGAGAACGUUUAACGAUAAUUUAUCUUUGUGCCAAAGAGUCAUAAAUACUGCUUAAAUGAGGAACUGGCGGGUCCUAUUACCGUAAAAGUAAAAUAUGUUUCCCCAAAUGUGAGAGCUGGUGGUUUAAUGUUCUCUUUAAGUGUCACCAGAGUGGUGACGUCUCUAUGAAAGAAAGAUGUCCAAAACCACAACUGGCUGGUGAAGAUGAAACGCAUACAAAAAGAAAAGGAGUGACAGAAAAAAAUUAUUUGAAACGUCCAAAAGUUUACAUAGACAGCCAUUCAAAUGGACCUUGGCCAAAACAUAGUGAAAGAGAAGCUGUGAAGAACAACGGAAGGAGGAGGCGUUCUUUUCAAUCACAAGUAGAAAGGGACAAGAGCGGGAACUUAUUUCACUGAAUCCAAGGGAAAAGAUGCCCUGCUCAACCAAUACAUUAGAGCAGCGAAUAUAUAUCUGACUGAAAGGGUCCCAUUGUGACUGAAUUGAUUGCGCUGAAGAAUUGCAAGGCCAGUUGAAUCACCCAAGUAGUGAUUGGUUGACAUUUUAUAUGUUGAUAUUGUAUUUUCACAAUUUCUUGGUAGUGUGUGUGUGUAUACCAACGCAAAUGAUGAAAACACAUGCAUGCAAUUAAACCCGCAGCUGUACGUCUGUAGUUUCAUGUGGGCUGGCUUGAAAGUUCUUGUUUUUCACGAUUCUGGGCAUGGCGGAAAUGAUCAACUUUUAUGUUUUAUAAUAAUAUGCCAUUUAGCAGACACUUUUAUCCAAAGUGACUUACAGUCGUGCGUGCAUAAAUUUUUGUGUCCCGGGGAUCGAACCCACUACCUUGGCGUUACAAGCGCCGUGCCCUACCAGCUGAGCUACAGAGGACCACAUAUAAUUAGGAUCAUGUCUCUCUCUUUCUCUUUCUCUUUCUCUUUCUCUUUCUCUGUCUGUCUGUCUGUCUGUCUGUCUGUCUGUCUGUCUGUCUGUCUGUCUGUCUGUCUGUCUGUCUGUCUCUCUCUCUCUCUCUCUCUCUCUCUCUCUCCUCUCUCUCUCUCUCUCUCUCUCUCUCUCUCUCUCUCUCUCUCUCUCUCUCCAAUUCUGCUCAUUCUCUUUUGGUUGCAGGAAUCUUCCAACUGCAUUUCUAGAAAACCUGGGAAUUUAUGGAAAGUUACCAGCUUUUUGUAACAAUAGGUCUAGAGCAGUUUGUCCUGGUCCUGGGGAUGUAAAGGGGUUCACGUUUUAGUUUUUGCCUUAGCACUACACACCUGAUUCCAAUCAUCAAAACUUAAUGAUGAGUUGAUGAUUUGAUUAAGCUGUGUAGUGUUAGGGCAAAAACUAAAACGUCCACCCCUUUGGGUCCCCAGGAUUAAGAACAACUGGUGGAUCAAACCAGCAUCAGUACCAGUACCAGGCCCUAAUGGGAUCAAAUCCUGGUCCACAGCUACUUCGACUCAAAUAUUCUCCUAAUUUUUCUGUCCGACUCUUGAAGAAAAACCAAAAAGAAUAGUGAAAAGUUUUUUUUUUUAAUUGUUUUUUUGACCGAAUUAUUUGUUAUUGCAGGCACGUCUGUGGUGACGGUGGUGGCGACAGAUGCGGAUGACCCCACGUAUGGAAACAGUGCCAGGGUGGUCUACAGUAUCCUCGAGGGCCAGCCCUACUUCUCUGUGGAACCAAGAACAGGUGAACAACACAUGACAUCACAGUUGUGUGUAAUAUCGAAAAGCAGGCUAUCUGCUGUCGAUUAUAUGUGUAAUUACACACCAGUGAUUAAACAUCAGCAGGGUUCGUUUGUUAGAUUUAAAAAAACUGUGAAAUAUGAGAGAUAUUCGAGUAUUCCGACAUUAUGUUAUACACCAAAGUGAAGUUUCCCCAAACAAUUAGAUUGAAAACGUAUUUUUAGAACGUUUUAUGUUUUGUAAAUCUUCAGUUUAUAGAUGAAGUGAGUGUUUCCUCACAUUGCCGAUGACGUUUGUUCCGUCUCGGCGGAAGACGUCGCAUUUUGAAUCAACGCUCAUUCAUUUUAAUUGUGUAGCUGGAUCUGGUCCAUGUGCCUGAUGAGUUUUUGAUCAAGUCGUCCCUCAACACCACUUCAACACAUCAUCGACUGAUUGAGGCGGAAGUAAACCUUAAACGCAAUCAACGUGUUUUCAUUACAUGCUCUUUUCAUUACAUAUAGCGUAGCCUCGUCAUCAGUUAAGACAACAAGUCUCUUGAUUAAAGCAUACUUGAGAAAGUGUUUUUACAGUCUAGUAGGAGUCCAAAAGGAAGGGAAAAUAAGGUGCCGUGCUUUUGAUUUGAACUCAGUGAUUUUGAUUCACUGUAUGCAGAGAGCAAAUAUAUAUAUUGAAAGACGGGAAUGUGAAAGGAUGACGUUUAAGUGAAUAAGACGUCGUGUGUACAAAAUAAUCUGGAAGAGAUUUUAUAAGAAAUAUUUUCUCUGCAACUAGAUGAUCUUGAAAUACAGUGUAAAAGCGAUAUGUUUCUAGAUGAAUAUACGGUAUCUCCAUUUGGAUUUACAGUAUGCAGCAUUAUACCUGCUAUUCUCUCCUUAUUGUACCUUGUAGUUACAUAACUACAAAGGUAGAAAUAAUGCUGUUGAAAUUAUUUAUCAAACUGCCUUUUCACACAGCCUCUCUCUAUCUUUCCCUAAUGUCACCCUCUCUCUCUAUCUGUUCAUAAAAUCUAUUAUCCUUUCUAGGGAGUUUUUCGUAGCCACCGUGCUUCUGCAUCUGCAUUGCUAGCUCUUUGGGGUUUUAGACUGGGGCAUCUGUAUAAGCACUUUGUGACAACUGCUGAUGUAAAAAGGGCUUUAUAAAAUACAUUUGAUUGAUUGAGUACAAGUCAAACUGUGGUUAUGAUGGUUCUCCUGAUAGUGAGGUGCAGUCGUAUUGUUUCCAGAUUAAAAGCAUCUCCUCUGCCAUCAAGGACAGUGUCUAUAACCUAACAGGCUGCCUCUCAUUACUUUGGAUGCGUGAACCAGAGUGCUGAUCAUUUGCGCCGGGGUCAAACUGUACUAACGUUUCUGAGUUAUGGAGCAUUCUCCAAAGGAUUAUUCUAGAAUACAGCCACAGGGGCAUUGUCAUACCAGAGAGAAACUCCUCCCAGCGAGCAAAAGUUGUUGCAAUGACAUCGUUAUGACAUCUUUUAUGAUGUUGUGUGCUGGUUGUUUAAAGAUGUUUUGUUAAUGUCGUUUCAUCAACAAUAAAAAAUAUGUCUUUCUCUGGUUGUAAUCUAAUUAUCAGACCAGAAACCACCCCCAAAUAUGACGUAUUUUCCAUGGUGUCUUAAUCUCCCAAAUGUUUCAUCUUGUAAGGAAUCUGAGUAAUUAAUGAAUCCGUAAUUUCUAGCCGGUUGAAAAAUUGCCACAUAAAAUAAACUGAUUCAUAAAACAUACCAAGAUAUACCAAGUUUAUAUUACAAAUGAAUGUCCUAAGUAAAGUGUUACCGAAUCUUUCUUUGCAGGCGUGGUCAGGACGGCUCUGCCCAACAUGGACCGCGAGGCGCGGGAACAGUAUCUGCUCGUCAUCCAGGCCAAGGACAUGGUGGGCCAGAUGGGAGGACUCUCCGGGACCACCUCCGUCACGGUGACGCUCACUGACGUCAACGACAACCCACCACACUUCUCUCGCAGUAAGACCCUAUUUACUUCGUAAUGGUCAGUUAGCCCUAAACCCAACACCGCUAUACACUUGUCCAGGAACCAUGGAACCUUGUUGGUUACAACUUGACGUUAUUGGGGUUUAUUUGAAUGCACAUUAAAACCCCUUAGAUUUGAUGUCUGCGCCCUGUGGAAAUUCAAUUAGCAUAACAAAAAAAUCUGAAUCUGAAUCUGUCAGUUUAAGCUAGAGAUAUCUUUGGUGGAAGGUGGCAGAGCUAGAGCGGUGUUUCUCAGACCAUGUAACAUCCCGAAAAUCGGUCUUCUCACAAAAACGGUUUGGCCUACAAAGUAUUAUGACACGUGUCUGCGUGGACACAGAGCGAAGGGAGCAGCUGGGCGAUUGAGCACAGACGCAGAGAUAAGGUGGCAGCUGGGCGAUUAAGCACAGACGCAGAGAUAAGGUGGCAGCUGGGCGAUUAAGCACAGACGCAGAGAUAAGGUGGCAGCUGGGCGAUUAAGCACAGACGCAGAGAUAAGGUGGCAGCUGGGCGAUAAGCACAGACACAGAGAUAAGGUGGAAAAUGGUCUCCUCAAUAACUUGUGUGUCUGGGCUGUUCUCUAUCUCUCCCCAUCUCUCCCCAUCUCUCUCUCUCUCUCUCUCUCUCUCUCUCUCUCUCUCUCUCUCUCUCUCUCUCUCUCUCUCUCUCUCUCUCUCUCUCUCUCUCUCUCUCUCUCUCUCUCUCUCCCCAUCUUUCUCUCGCCUGUAGAAAGUUAUCAGUUCAGCGUGCCCGAGUCCCUGCCGGUGGCCACUAUGGUAGCCAAGAUAAAGGCGCUAGACUCAGAUGUGGGACCCAAUGCUGAGAUGGAGUACAGGAUCGUGGAUGGGGACGGGCUAGGGUUGUUCCGAAUCACCCCCGACCCAGACACACAGGAGGGCCUCAUCACUCUGCAAAAGGUACAAUGCAGACCUUUCCUCUGAGAAGCCAUUGCUGGAGGUCUCCUAUAGCAUCGAACUGUCCUAAUACGGACACCGUAUAGGACUGAUAGUGUCUAUAUUAGGACAGUGGAAGUUGUCAGUCUUUUGGAGUUGGUGUCCAAACCAAGUGAGUUUGAGACAGAAAUGCCAUUGUGACUGCCGAAAUACUGACACUGCAUAGGACAGGUAUCAAAUCACAUUUUAUUGGUCACAUGCGCCGAAUACAACAGAUUUAGACUUUACAGUGAAAUGCUUACUUACGAGCCCAUUCCCAACAGUAGAGUUCAAACAUAAGACAAAUAUUUGCUAAAUAAAAAAGAAAUAGUAACACAAUAAAAACAAAAACAUGGCUAUAUACAGGAAGUACCAGUACUGAGUCAAUGUGCAGGGGUACCAGGUAAUAACAUGGCUAUAUACAGGAAGUACCAGUACCGAGUCAAUGUGCAGGGGUACCAGGUUAUAACAUGGCUAUAUACAGGAAGUACCAGUACUGAGCCAAUGUGCAGGGGUACCAGGUAAUAACAUGGCUAUAUACAGGAAGUACCAGUACUGAGUCAAUGUGCAGGGCUACCAGGUAAUAACAUGGCUAUAUACAGGAAGUACCAGUACUGAGUCAAUGUGCAGGGCUACCAGGUAAUAACAUGGCUAUAUACAGGAAGUACCAGUACUGAGUCAAUGUACAGGGGUACUAGAUAAUAACAUGGCUAUAUACAGGAAGUACCAGUACUGAGUCAAUUAACAGUCUAUGACUUGGGUGGCUGGAGUCUUUGACAUUUCUCAGGGCCUUCCUCUGACACUAACUGGGAUAGAGGUCCUGAAUGGCAGGGUUCGUCCCCAGUGAUGCACUGGGCCUUACGUACUACCCUCUGUAGCAGAUGCCAAGCAUUCAGAUGCCAAGCAGUUGCCAUACCAUGCGGUGAUGCAGCCAGUCAAGAUGCACUCAAUGGUGCAGCUGUAGAACUUUUUGAGGAUCUGAGGACCCAUGCCAAAUCUUUUCAGCCUCCUCCCUAUAGGCUGUCUCAUCAUUGUCGGUGACCAGGCCUACCACAAGGAUGACAUGUGUUAUACCCUGGGUUGUCCUGAACAGAAUGAGCAUGUUUGUGAAGAAAAUUUGUCAUAGAACACACACUUGAAUGUACUCAUGACUCCAAUGCUCGUGCACGGCCACACGGUCGUGGCUGAACAGGGAGUACAGAAGGGGACUGAGCACGCACCCCUGAGAGGCCCCCGUGUUGAGGAUCAGCAUGGCAGAUGUGUUGUUACCUACCCUUACCACCUGGGGGCAGCCCGUCAGGAAGUCCAGGAUCCUGUUGCGGAGGGAGGUGUUUGUCCCUGGGUCCUUAGCUUAGUGAUGAGCUUUGUGGGCACUGUGGUGUUGAACAGCAUUCUCACAUAGGUGUUCUUUAUUGUCCAGGUGGGAAAGGGCAGUGUGGAGUGCAAUAGAGAUUGGUCAUCAGUGGAUCUGUUGGGGUGGUAUGCAAAUUGGAGUGGGUCUAGGGUUUCUGGGAUGGUGUUGGUGUGAGCCAUUACCAGCCUUUCAAAGCAUUUCAUAGCUACAGAUGUGAGUGCUAUAGGGCGAUAGUCAUGUAGACUAGAUGGGGAACUGGUGCUUGCGGCCCCCCUUGUGUAGACCCGUGGAUCAAUUUCCCAAAAAAAUUAGUCAGUCGGGGUCUCAACUUACUGUUGAGAGUUAGAAUAGUAGAAUACAUAACCUGCAAUUUCAAAAUGUGAUGAUGUGGAAUAGAGUUCCAUGUAGUCAUGGCUCUAUGUAGUACUGUGCACCUCCUAUAGUCUGUUCUGGACUUGGGGACUGUGAAGAGACCUCUGGUGGCAUGUCUUGUGGGGUAUGCAUGAGUGUCCGAGCUGUGUGCUAGCAGUAUAACAGACACCUCGGUGCAUUCAGCAUUUCAACACUUCUUACAAAAACAAGCAUGCAUAUUAUUAAUGUUAGCUCUACGCGUACAUUUAAGGGUCAGCCGUUCUGCCCUGUUCGGAGCCAAUUGUAAUUUUCCUAAGUCCCUCUUUGUGACACCUGACCACACGACUGAACAAUAGUCCAGGUGCGACAAUACUAGGGCCUGUAGGACCUGCCUUGUUGAUAGUGUUGUUAAGAAGGCAGAGCAACGCUUUAUUAUGAACAGACUUUUCCCCAUCCUACUGUUGUAUCAACAUGUUUUGACCAUGACAGUUUACAAUCCAGGGUUACUCCAUGCAAUUUAGUCACCUCAACUUGCUCAAUUUCCACAUUAUUUAUUACAAGUUUUAGUUGAUGUUUAGAGUUUAGUGAAUGAUUUGUCCCAAAUGCAAUGCUUUUAGUUUUGAAAUAUUUAGGACAAACUUAUUCCUUGCCAACCAUUCUGAAACUAACUGCAACUCUUUGUUAACUGUUGCAGUGAUUUCACUCGCUGUAAUAGCUGGUGUGUAUAGUGUUGAGUCAUCCACAUACAUAGACCCAAAGCCAGUGGCUUGUCAUUACUAAAGAUUGAAAAAAGUAAGGGGCCUAGACAGCUGCCCUGGGGAAUUCCUGAUUCUACCUGGAUUAUGUUGGAGAGGCUUCCAUUAAAGAACACCCUCUGUGUUCUGUUAGACUGGUAACUCUUUAUCCACAACAUAGCAGGGGGUUUUAAGCCAUAACACAUACGUUUUUCCAUCAGCAGACUAUGAUCGAUAAUGUCAAAAGCCGCACUGAAGUCUAACAAAUCAGCUCCCACAAUGUAUGGCUUGGGUGGUUGGAGUCUUUAUUGGAUUGUCCGGGCCUUUCUACCACACCGCCCUUUAUAGAUGUCCCGGAUGGUAGGGAGCUCGGCCCCAGUGAUGUACUGGGCUGUCCGCAUCACCCUCUGCAGUGCCAUGCGAUCGAGGGCGGUGCUAUGGCCAUACUAGACAGUUAUGCAGCCAGUCAAAAUGCUCUCAAUGGUGCAGCCGUAGAACAUUUGGAGGAUUUGAGGGCCCCAUGCCAAACUUUUUCAACCUCCUGAGGGAGAAGAGUGCUGUCAUAAACAGCCAGAGGUAUGUGGUUUAGCUGUUUAUCUAUUUAGAUUUUAGGUGACUUUUCUCUCUUUCUUUCUUCAAUUCUUUCUUUCAUAUGAGCAAUUGCGUUGUCUUCUGCCAUUCGUUCAUUUUGGUACAGCGCCGUGGGUCACAUGUGGGUCUGAAAAGACGAUUCUCUUUCUCAGUAGCAUGCAGCGAAUUCGCACUGGAUGAAAAGCCAAAAAAGUAGUAUUACAUCCUGGCAUUUAAAGCGUACUCAAUGGUCGAAAUGUACACAACUUUCUAUUUUCGCAUACCCACCCAGCCUACUAUUUAGAAUGCAAGUGCUAAAUAGUCUGACCCUCCCUCUAUGUCUACUUCCUUCCCAACCCUCUCUAUCUCGUCCAAUCGGUAGGGCCUGGACUUUGAGACCCAAUCGAGCUACACCCUGCGUGUCCAGGCGUCCAACAGAAACGUCGACCUGCGAUUCCUCUCCCUGGGGCCGUUUAGCGACACAGCGACCGUGCGCCUCAACGUGCAGAACGUGGACGAGCCGCCCGUCUUCUCCUCGCCAUUCAGCAAGAUGGUAAUCUCGGAGGCGGCAAAGGUGGGCACCACCAUUGGAACCAUCUCCGCACGCGACCCAGACUCCACCAACAGUCCCAUCAGGUAGGGGUGCGGCCAUGAUUCAUCAUCGCAAGUUCACAAUCUCUAUGCUCUGUUACUGUUUGAACGUUUUUGGUCAGUUCUGCCUUUUGUGUCCUUUGUUGUUGAUAAUUGCUUGUUUAUUUAUUUGGUUCAGUUGUAGCCUUUAUCCAGUGAUGGAAAAAAUACCCAAUUUUCAUACUUGAGUGAAAGUAAAGAUAUCUUAAUAGAAAAUGACUCAAGUAAAAGUGAAAGUCACACAGUAAAAUACUACUUGAGUAAAAGUCUAAAAGUAUUUGGUUUUAAAGAUACUUAAGUAUCAAAAGUAAAAGUAUUCCUUAUACAGUAUAAAGCAAACUAGGCGGCAUCAUUUUCUUGAUUGAUUUAUUUACGGAUGGCCAGGGACAUGCUCCAACACUCAGACAUCAUUUACAAUUGAAGCAUGUGUUUAGUGAGUCCGCCAGAUCAGAGGAAGUAGGCAUGACCAGGGAUGUUCUGUUGAUAUGUGUGUCAAUUGGACCAUUUUCCUGUCCUGCUAAGCAUUCACUUUUGGGUGUCAGGGAACAUAUAUGGAGUAAAAUAUAUAUCAUUUUCUUUAGGAAUGUAGUGAAGUAAAAGUUAUCAAAUAUAUAUAUAGUAAAGUACAGAUACCAAAAUAAAUACUUAAGUAGUACUUUCAAGUAUUUUUACUUUAGUACUUUACACCACUGCCUUUAUGAUUCAAAGUAAUGUAGAGAACUUGCCAAAAAUAGAAGGAGAUUUCAUGGAAUUAUAGUUCAUGAAAGCUCAUAGCUCCUUAUUAUAACAUACUGCAUGUAUGCAUGCUUGAUUAAUGCAUUCUGAAUGCAUUGCACGCAGAAAGGUCCAUAGAAGUGUUGCUAUGGCGAGUGCAGUUGAAUCUGGCCCUUGAUAGGAAGCCUUUCCAAUACUCUCCCUCUCCCGUCUCCCUCUCCCUCUCCCAUCUCCCUCUCCCUCUCCCUCUCCCUCUCCCUCUCCCUCUCCCUCUCCCAUCUCCCUCUCCCUCUCCCUCUCCCAUCUACCUAACUCCAGGUACUCUAUAGACCGUAACACCGAUUUGGAGCGCUUCUUCAACAUAGACGCCGCCACCGGUGUCAUCAGCACCGCCAAGCCGCUGGACAGAGAAGUCAACGCCGUACACAACAUCACCAUCUUCGCCACGGAGAGCUGUAAGUCAAGUGUUCUUAUUUUGCUCUGUCCACACGGUUGCUACAUUACAUCCGGGUUGUUGUCAAUCGACGUUGCAUCUUUAGAUAUAUUGUCCAGAAAUGGCCGUCGUUGUACAGAACGCCAACAUUUCACGUUCACAAUAAGCAACGCCAUAGUGUAUCUUUAUCUAUUUAGAGCCCCCCCCCCCCCCCCCCCCCCCCCCCCCCCCCCCAUUUUGGCUCAAGAGCACCCCAAAAACUAUGUAGUGCCUCUUCACCAGUGACAUCACACACAGACAAACUCCUUUAAAUCCAUGACUAUAAAGGCUGUUGUAAGACAUGGCCAUUAUUACCUCUAGCUACUUUACACACUCGGAAACACGGGUUCCAAAAGGGUUCUUCGGCUGUGGGAAGAACCCAAAAUGGUUUAACCUGGAACCAAAAGGGUUCUUCGGCUGUGGGAAGAACCCAAAAUGGUUUAACCUGGAACCAAAAGGGUUCUUCGGCUGUGGGAAGAACCCAAAAUGGUUUAACCUGGAACCAAAAGGGUUCUUCGGCUGUGGGAAGAACCCAAAAUGGUUUAACCUGGAACCAAAAGGGUUCUUCGGCUGUGGGAAGAACCCAAAAUGGUUUAACCUGGAACCAAAAGGGUUCUUCGGCUGUGGGAAGAACCCAGAAUGGUUUAACCUGGAACCAAAAGGGUUCUUCGGCUGUGGGAAGAACCCAGAAUGGUUUAACCUGGAACCAAAAGGGUUCUUCGGCUGUGGGAAGAACCCAGAAUGGUUUAACCUGGAACCAAAAGGGUUCUUCGGCUGUGGGAAGAACCCAAAAUGGUUUAACCUGGAACCAAAAGGGUUCUUCGGCUGUGGGAAGAACCCAAAAUGGUUUAACCUGGAACCAAAAGGGUUCUUCGGCUGUGGGAAGAACCCAAAAUGGUUUAACCUGGAACCAAAAGGGUUCUUCGGCUGUGGAAGAACCCAAAUGGUUUAACCUGGAACCAAAAGGGUUCUUCGGCUGUGGGAAGAACCCAAAUGGUUUAACCUGAACCAAAGGUUCUUCCUGGAAGAACCGAAUGUUUAACUGAACAAAGGGUUCUUCGGCUGUGGGAAGAACCCAAAGGUUAACCUGGAACCAAACGGUUCUUCGGUGGGAAGAACCCAAAUGGUUAACCUGGAACCAAAAGGUUUCUUCGCUGUGGAGAACCCAAAAUGGUUUAACCUGGAACCAAAAGGGUUCUUCGGCUGUGGGAAGAACCCAAAAUGGUUUAACCUGGAACCAAAAGGGUUCUUCGGCUGUGGGAAGAACCCAAAAUGGUUUAACCUGGAACCAAAAGGGUUCUUCGGCUGUGGGAGGAACCCAAAAUGGUUUAACCUGGAACCAAAAGGGUUCUUCGGCUGUGGGAGGAACCCAAAAUGGUUUAACCUGGAACCAAAAGGGUUUUUCAAAGGGUUCUCCUAUGGGGGACAACAAAAGAACCCUUUUAGGUUCACCUUCUUUUCUACGAGUGCACAAGAGGGUCACUCUUCACUUUUGUUACCGCUCAUUGUGACUGCACACUGAGUGGACCAGCGACUUCACCGCACUCACGACUUAAGACUAUAUUUCACACUCGACAAAUCCCAAAUUCUAUUAAAAUGAAGUAAAUCCGGUAUCAUAAAAGACAGACUUAAGCUUCCUAUACUAUUUCUCAAUGAAUAUCAUUAGUCGAAGGCUCACUGGGAUUUCACCGAUUUCGCUUGGCAGUCUGGGGAAGCAGCAGGUCUCCUUGAUUAGAGGAGAGUCUGAGCAGAUGCUCUGCUGCAGUAGAGGUCGACUGCAGUUGAUCGCCGGAUACAGAACUCGUGCCGUUUGAUCGAGCCUCACCAUGAUUCCAAAUGAUGGCCGAAGCUGGUCCGCAUGAAUGCACGCACACACACACACACGCACGCACACACACACACACCCCUCCCAACUCCCGGGCUUUCCAGCUGAUGACUUUGUCCGUGACCUUUGGCAAAAGAAGUGCACCUGUUCCCCAAUCACUCCAUCUGACUCACUUCUACUGAGGCUGGAACUCAAUCAAACCUGCACCGUGGAAAAAACUCCAUUGCGGUGGGAGGGGUGUAACUAUUAUACAAUCUCCUCCAAACUGGUAUAGGGGAGAGUGGGGUAAGGUGACCCAAAGGGGUAUGUUGAGUCACCCUUGUUUCUAGGGAAACCAUACACAAAAUGUAUCAUUUGAACAAAUAUUUAGGAAGAGGUCAUCAUUUCAUGGAGUCUGUGAAGGAGGAAACCACAUGGAAAAAGUGGUAAGCAAGUUAGGUCAAUAGAUCAUGGUUCCCUUACAAAAAAAGAUUGCAGUUUUGAAACUGCAGUAGAAGUGCAGUAACUGUGGUAUUUUGGACGCAGUAAUUGCCACAAACUGCAGUUAUACUGCAGUGUACUGCAGUUAUAUUCUACUCUGAAUGCAAUCUUUUUUCGUAAGGGUUAGAUGCAGCUUUUUUUAUCCCUGAAGAUCCCUGAAGAAACAUUGUAUCCAUUGUAUUCGCCUGAGUUUGCAAUUGGCAAAAUAAUUUAAGGUGUGUAUAAAAACAAAUCUUAGGACACGGAUUGAGUUAAGUCCUGGACUAAAAAGCUCAAAGGUGAAUCUCCAUUGAAAUAGCUAGUCCAGGACUAGGAAUAGUCUGUGUUUGGGAAACCGGCCCUAACUGUGAUAUUAGAUAUAAUGAUCCAGCUCACCUGAACAAUUGGAGGCCUAUCACCCUUCAGUGUUAUGACUCCAAAAUAUUAGCAAAAUGUACUAUAGGAUAAUACAAUAUUCUAUAUGAUAAUACAAUGUGCUAUAGGAUAAUACAAUGUGCUAUAGGAUAAUACAAUAUGCUGUAUGAUAAUACCAUAUGAGUGCCAACAAAGGUUUUGCCACCAAGUACCAUGUACUAAGUCAUGUUUUGCAGAGGGGUCAAAUACUUAUUUCCCUCAUUAAAAAGCAAAUCAAUUCAUAACAUUUUUGACAUGCGUUUUUCUGGAUUUUUUUGUUGUUAUUCUGUCUCUCACUGUUUACAUUUACAUUUCAGUCAUUUAGCAGAUGCUCUUAUCCAGAGCGACUUACAGUUAGUGAAUACAUAUAUUUUUUUAUACUGGCCCCCCCGUGGGAAUUGAACCCACAACCAUGGCGUUGCAAACGCCAUGCUCUAUCAACUGAGCUACAUCCCUGCCGGCCAUUCCCUCCCCUACCCUGGACGACGCUGGGCCAAUUGAUGCGCCGCCCAUGAGUCUCCCGGUCACGGCCGGCGGCGACAGAGCCUGGAUACGAACCAGGAUCUCUAGUGGCACAGCUAGCACUGCGAUGCAGUGCCUUAGACCACUGCGCCACUCAGGAGUACCAUUAAAACCUACCAUUAAAAUUAUAGACUAAUCAUGUCUUUGUCAGUGGGCAAACGUAGAAAAUCAGCAGGGGAUCAAAUACUUUUUUCCCUCACUGUAUGUGUUCAAACAGCUGUAGUCACCUCCAAAGUAACUGUUUGUUCCCCCAGAAAAAAUCUCUCUCUCUCUCACACACACUCUCUCUCUCUCUCUCUCUCACACACACACAGUCUCUCUCUCUCACACCCUCUUCACCUCUUUAAAUCAGCAGCAUGACGUACUGACAGAUGUGCACAAUCUAUUUCCAUGUCAGCAACUGUGGAAACAUGUAGCUAGUGCUACAGUAAUGAAAAUAGUAUACAGUGCCUUCAGUAAGUAUUCAUACCCCUUGAUUUAUUGCACAUUUUGUUGUGUUACAGCCAGAAUUCAAAAUUUAUUAAAAAAAAAAUUUUUAUCUCACCCAUCUACACACAAUACCCCAUAAUGACAAAGUGAAAACAUGUUUUUAGAAAUUGUAGCUAAUUUAUUUAAAAAUGAAAUACAGAAAUAUCUCAUUCGCAUAAGUAUUCACACCCCUAAGUCAAUACAUCGUAAAAUCACCUUUGGCGGCGAUUACAGCUAUCAGUCUUUCUGGGUAAGUCUCUAAGAGCUUUGCACACCUGGAUUGUACAACAUUUGAAUAUUAUUCUUUAAAAUAUUAUUCAAGCUCUGUCAAGUUGGUUGUUGAUCAUUGCUAGACAGCUAUUUUCAAGUCUUUCUAUAGAUUUUCAAGGCAAUUUAAGUUAAAACUGUAAGGCCACUCAGGAAUAUUCAAUGUCGUCUUGGUAAGCAACUCCAGUGUAUAUUUGGCCUUGUGUUUUAGGUGAUUGUCCUUGCUGAAAAGUGAGUUUGUCUCCCAGUAUCUGUUGGAAAGCAGACUGAACCAGGUUUUCCUCCAUGAUUUUGCCUGUACUUUAAUUUCAUCCAAAAAUCCCUCUAGUCCUUGCCAAUGACAAGCAUACCGAUAACAUGAUGCAGCCACCAACAUGCUUGAAAAUAUGAAGAGUGGUACUCAGUGACGUGUUGUGUUGGAUUUGCCCCAAACAUUACGCUUCGUAUUCAGGACAUAAAGUUAAUUUCUUUGCCACAUUUUUUGCAGUUUUACUUUAGUGCCUUAAUGCAAACAGGAUGCAUGUUGUGGAGUAACUACAAUGUUGUUGAUCCAUCGGUUUUCUCCUAUCACAGCCAUUAAACUCUGUAAUUUCUUGGCUGAUUUCUUUUGAGUUUCCCGUGAUGUCAAGCAAAGAGGCACUGUGUUCGAAGGUAGACCUUGAAAUACAUCCACAGGUACACCUCCAAUUGACUCAAAUGAUGCCUAUUAGCCUAUCAGAAGUUUUCUAAAGCCAUGAUAUCAUUUUCUGGAAUGUUCCAAGCUGUUUAAAGGCACAGUCAACUUAGUUUCAGAUUGUACCUCCCCUGUUUCACUCUGUUUCGAAACGUUUUCUCCCCCUUUCAUACCUGCUGAACACAACCCAGGAAUUGUGAGCAAAAACGAUGCGCAAAUUAUUACAUCCGUGCCUUAAUGAGACUGAACUGACCGACCGUGUGCAGACAGCUGAUGAUCAAGCACGGGUUUGAACCCACGGCGUUGUGGUGAAAUUGAAAGUAGACGGAUGAUAAAACAUCAUUGUGGAGGAUGAUUUCUCUAGCUUCCUCUCUGGCUAGAUUUAUUUAUUUAUUUAAUCUAAGGGAAAAACCUUUGAUCUCCCCCCAGCGCUACAGCCUAAAUAAAUCUAAAUCAUACUUAAUUCAUUUUCAUAUCCUCUUCAUCGGCCACAACGUGUAGAACUAACCCCACAGUGAGGACAGCGAGAGGGAGAAAGAGGGAGUCGGUUGGAAUGAUAUUGUGACAUAUGAUAUUAUAAUAAUAUUGUGACAUGAUAUUAUAAUGAUAUUGUGACAUAUGAUAUUAUAAUAAUAUUGUGACAUGAUAUUAUAAUGAUAUUGUGACAUAUGAUAUUAUAAUAAUAUUGUGACAUGAUAUUAUAAUGAUAUUGUGACAUAUGAUAUUAAUAAUAUUGUGACAUGAUAUAUAAUGAUAUUGUGACAUAUGAUAUUAUAAUAUAUUGUGACAUGAUAUUAUAAUGAUAUUGUGACAUAUGAUAUUAUAAUAAUAUUGUGACAUGAUAUUAUAAUGAUAUUGUGACAUAUGAUAUUAUAAUAAUAUUGUGACAUGAUAUUAUAAUGAUAUUGUGACAUAUUAUAUUAUAAUGAUAUUGUGACAUAUGAUAUUAUAAUAAUAUUGUGACAUGAUAUUCUAAUGAUAUUGUGACAUAUGAUAUUAUAAUGAUAUUGUGACAUAUUAUAUUAUAAUGAUAUUGUGACAUAUGAUAUUAUAAUAAUAUUGUGACAUGAUAUUCUAAUGAUAUUGUGACAUAUGAUAUUAUAAUAAUAUUGUGACAUGAUAUUAUAAUGAUAUUGUGACAUAUGAUAUUAUAAUAAUAUUGUGACAUGAUAUUAUAAUGAUAUUGUGACAUAUGCUUUUUACCAUAGAGGACAAACGGAGAGAGGGUUGUUGUAAUGGCCAAGCAGACACACACAUGGAUGCUCACACACACACACGCACGCACACACACACACACGCGCGCGCACACACACACACACGCGCACACACACCCUGCCAGAUGUUGUCCUUCUGGUUGAGCUGGUGCUAUUUGCCCUCCACAGGUGUUCAGUGUUUGCCGGUGGAAUUGGUGUAUAGAUUACAGAAUUUUCCCAAGUAAUCACAGGGGAUAAUGUUCAAACUAAACAUACCCAUCACUGUUGACUGAAAUCACAGGGGAUAAUGUCCAAACUAAACCUACCCAAAACUGUUGACUGAAAUCACAGGGGAUAAUGUCCAAACUAAACAGACCCAUCACUGCCCACAUGCUACAUAAUUAUUAAUAUUAAGACAUAAGCAACUCCAGGUAGAGCCAACCUAUCUGUUGAGUAAAUAUGUCUCACAUUUAUUACACCCUGUCUUUAAGAGACAACCAGAGCUCAGGUAUAUUUUCCUCAGCUCACUCCCACUUAUGGUUGAACUGUGGAGAAAUCUGCAGAGAAGCAGCCCAGUAGACAUACAGUAAGUACCCUAACAUCAACGACAGGAACAUCAAUCUCUUAGGUGUACCGUUUUACUAUGACAUAGCAGAAAGUGUCUUCCCCUUUUAUAGGUUAUUAUUUAAAGUUCAAAAGAUUUCUAGUAAUACCAAUUAAUUAAAUAUACCUCUCGAUUACGAAGAUGCUAUACAUAGUACAUGAUCAUGCAUCACACACAGUGUGUGGUCUUAGGGUCAUAGGUCAUUACACACCUAGUUUGUAGGAAGUUGCACAUUUAGAUGAAAACAAUGACCAACUAUUCUCGUCGCUUCUGUUUUGAAAUAUCUGUAUUUAUAUCUAUGAACGUUCUGCCUUCAGACGAUUCUCCAGUGGAGAAUAUAGCGUGCUGAGAAACCUUGGGCUGUCGGUUACCCCCUGAUCCAUGAUUUAUAUUAAGAUAAAGGUUCAGCUGAAGAGAAGGUAAACAAGACAAAAUUAGCUUGUUAAAAAGCAAACAACAUGUGUCGUCUGAGCAUGCCGAGUCACUCAAUGGAAACCACAGAGUUGUCGUUGAGGGCUCCGACUCUUUUUUAAGAACACUUCCAGACGCCCCCAGUCUUCCAGACUUCCUACAGAGUCUGUUUUCUGAAUGUUUUCUUAAAGGGGUAGUUCACCACAAUUACAACAUUUAAAUAUUGGUUUCCUUACCCUGUAAGCAGUCUAUGUACAAGGUAAUAUAGCAACCCAUGCUUUGUCUUUGUUUGCGUGGCCACUGUCUCCAAAUGCUAACUUUUUAGCAUUUUUGUUCAAGUCUCUAAACUUGUCUGACAUUGAUUGUGUAGCUCCAAAAAAAAGUUAUUUUAAGACAUGUUGGUGUGUGGUGAAAUCAGUUAAUGGAAAUUGAUGUUGCGGGACAGGACAUGCAACUGUCUCAGUGAAAACAUUUUGUUUUCCUGCAUCCCCUCCUUCUGCCCAAGAAAGCAAAGGUAACUGAACUAAAUGACUAUUACAUUUAGCAGAUGCUCUUAUCCAGAGCGACUUACAGGAGCAAUUAGGGUUAAGUGCCUUGCUCAAGGGCACAUCAACAGACUUUUCACCUAGUCAGCUCGGGGAUUAGAACCAGCAACCUUUCAGUUACUGGCACAACGCUCUUAACCACUAAGCUACCUGCCGGGACAAUCACCACGUAGCACUCACCUCUGUCCUCAUGAAGUGCUUUGAGAGACGAGUCAAGGAUCAUUUCCCCUCUACCUUACCUGUCACCCUAGACCCACUUCAAUUUGCUUACCGCUCCAAUAGAUCCACAGACGAUGCAAUCGCCAUCACACUGCACACUGCCCUAUCCCAUCUGGACAAGAGGAAUACCUAUGUAGGAAUGCUGUUCAUUGACUAUAGCUCAGCAUUCAACACCAUAGUACCCUCCAAGCUCAUCAUUAAGCUCGAGGCCCUGGGUCUGAACCCCGUCCUGUGCAACUGGGUCCUGGUCGGAAAAAACAUCUCCACUUCGCUGAUCCUCAACACUGGGGCCCCUCAAGGGUGCGUGCUAAGCCCCCUCCUGUACUCCCUGUUCACCCAUGAAUUCCAUUCCUUACUUAGAUUUGUGUGAAAUUGUUAGACAUUACUUGUUAGAUAUUACUGCACUGUCGGAGUUAGAAGCACAAGCGUUUCGCUACACCCGCAAUAACACCCGCUAAACACGUGUAUGUGACCGAUAACAUUUGAUUUGAUUUACUUUACCCCUACCAGAUACAUGCUUGUAGACCAGGGCAUUUGGUUGUGCUUAUCCUUGACCACUCGUUUCUCUCUUGUUUAUUUUUUCAGUUGACCCACUACAAGUGGGAAAGGGCAUAGUUCUGAUCACAGUGACGGACAUCAAUGACAACGCGCCUGCCUUCGCCAUCGAGUAUGAGACCUACCUUUGUGAGAGUGCCAGAGCUGGACAGGUAUGUCAACAUCUUACGAUGCAUCCAAAAGCUCCUAUUGGUAUUGGAAGACUGAGGGCAUUAUACAUAUAUAUAUAUAUAUAUAUAUAUAUAUAUAUAUAUAUAUAUAUAUAUAUAUAUAUAUAUAUAUACAUAUACAGUGGGGGAAAAAAGUAUUUAGUCAGCCACCAAUUGUGCAAGUUCUCCCACUUAAAAAGAUGAGAGAGGCCUGUAAUUUUCAUCAUAGGUACACGUCAACUAUGACAGACAAAAUGAGAAAAGAAAAUCCAGAAAAUCACAUUGUAGGAUUUUUAAUGAAUUUAUUUGCAAAUUAUGGUGGAAAAUAAGUAUUUGGUCAAUAACAAAAGUUUCUCAAUACUUUGUUAUAUACCCUUUGUUGGCAAUGACACAGGUCAAACGUUUUCUGUAAGUCUUCACAAGGUUUUCACACACUGUUGCUGGUAUUUUGGCCCAUUCCUCCAUGCAGAUCUCCUCUAGAGCAGUGAUGUUUUGGGGCUGUCGCUGGGCAACACGGACUUCAACUCCCUCCAAAGAUUUUCUAUGGGGUUGAGAUCUGGAGACUGGCUAGGCCACUCCAGGACCUUGAAAUGCUUCUUACGAAGCCACUCCUUCGUUGCCCGGGCGGUGUGUUUGGGAUCAUUGUCAUGCUGAAAGACCCAGCCACAUUUCAUCUUCAAUGCCCUUGCUGAUGGAAGGAGGUUUUCACUCAAAAUCUCACGAUACAUGGCCCCAUUCAUUCUUUCCUUUACACGGAUCAGUCGUCCUGGUCCCUUUGCAGAAAAACAGCCCCAAAGCAUGAUGUUUCCACCCCCAUUCUUCACAGUAGGUAUGGUGUUCUUUGGAUGCAACUCAGCAUUCUUUGUCCUCCAAACACGACGAGUUGAGUUUUUACCAAAAAGUUAUAUUUUGGUUUCAUCUGACCUCAUGACAUUCUCCCAAUCCUCUUCUGGAUCAUCCAAAUGCACUCUAGCAAACUUCAGACGGGCCUGGACAUGUACUGGCUUAAGCAGGAGGACACGUCUGGCACUGCAGGAUUUGAGUCCCUGGCGGCGUAGUGUGUUACUGAUGGUAGGCUUUGUUACUUUGGUCCCAGCUCUCUGCAGGUCAUUCACUAGGUCCCCCCAUGUGGUUCUGGGAUUUUUGCUCACCGUUCUUGUGAUCAUUUUGACCCCACGGGGUGAGAUCUUGCGUGGAGCCCCAGAUCGAGGGAGAUUAUCAGUGGUCUUGUAUGUCUUCCAUUUCCUAAUAAUUGCUCCCACAGUUGAUUUCUUCAAACCAAGCUGCUUACCUAUUGCAGAUUCAGUCUUCCCAGCCUGGUGCAGGUCUACAAUUUUUUUUCUGGUGUCCUUUGACAGCUCUUUGGUCUUGGCCAUAGUGGAGUUUGGAGAGUGACUGUUUGAGGUUGUGGACAGGUGUCUUUUAUACUGAUAACAAGUUCAAACAGGUGCCAUUAAUACAGGUAACGAGUGGAGGACAGAGGAGCCUCUUAAAGAAGAAGUUACAGGUCUGUGAGAGCCAGAAAUCUUGCUUGUUUGUAGGUGACCAAAUACUUAUUUUCCACCAUCAUUUGCAAAUAAAUUCAUUAAAAAUCCUACAAUGUGAUUUUCUGGAUUUUUUUCCCUCAAUUUGUCUGUCAUAGUUGACGUGUACCUAUGAUGAAAAUUACAGGCCUCUCUCAUCUUUUUAAGUGGGAGAACUUGCACAAUUGGUGGCUGACUAAAUACUUUUUUUCCCCACUGUAUAUUAUGCCAUGUACAUUUUAUAAUGGGAUAAACACAGUUAAACAUUGUGAUGCAGAGUUCAAAGGUGACAGAAUUUUGGGAAAACAAUUAUAUUGGGUAUCGUUGUCGCAAUUAAAACAACAAAUGAAUAAUUAGCAGUGUUGGGGAGUAGUGAACUACAUGUACUUCAACUACAGUGGCUUGCGAAAGUUUUCACCUGGGCUUUGACUAGGCCAUUCCAAGACAUUGAAAUGUUUCCCCUUGAACCACUCGAGUGUUGCUUUAGCGCUAUCCUCAGGGUCAUUGUCCUGCUGGAAGGUGAACCUCCAUCCCAGUCUCAAAUCUCUGGAAGACUGAAACAGGUUUCCCUCAAGAAUAUCCCUGUAUUUAACGCCAUCCAUCAUUCCUUCAAUUCUGACCAGUUUCCCAGUCCCUGCUGAUGGUGUUCUCAGGGUGAUGAGAGGUGUUGGGUUUGCGCCAGACAUAGCGUUUUCCUUGAUGGCCAACAAGCUCCAUUUUAGUCUCAUCUGACCAGAGUACCUUCUUCCAUAUGUUUGGGGAGUCUCCCACAUGCCUUUUGGCGAACACCAAACGUGUUUGCUUAUUUUCUGGCCACUCUUCCGUAAAGCCCAGCUCUGUGAAGUGUACGGCUUAAAGUGGUCCUAUGGACAGAUACUCCAAUCUCAUUUGUGUAUCUUUGCAGCUCCUUCAGGGUUAUCUUUGGUCUCUUUGUUGCCUCUCUGAUUAAUGCCCUCCUUGCCUGGCCAAUUAGUUUUGGUGGGCGGCCCUCUCUUGGCAAGUUUGUUGUGGUGCCAUAUUCUUUCCAUUUUUUAAUAAUGGAUUUAAUGGUGCUCCGUGGGAUGUUCAAAGUUUAUGAUAUUUUUUUAUAACCCAACCCUGAUCUGUACUUCUCCACAACUUUGUCCCUGACCUGUUUGGAGAGCUCCUUGGUCUUCAUGGUGCCACUUGCUUAGUGGUGUUGCAGACUCUGGGGCCUUUCAGAACAGGUGUGUAUAUAUACUGAGAUCAUGUGACACUUAGAUUGCACACAGGUGGACUUUAUUUAACUAAUUAUGUGACUUCUAAAGGUAAUUGGUUGCACCAGAUCUUAAUUAGGGGCUUCAUAGCAAAAGGGGGUAAAUACAUAUGCACGCACAACUUAUUUUUUUAAUUUCACUUCACCAAUUUGGACUAUUUUGUGUACAUUAAAUCCAAUUAAAAAAUCCAUUUAAAUUACAGGUUGUAAUGCAACAAAAUAGGAAAAACACCAAGGGGGAUGAAUUCUUUUGCAAGGCACUGUAGUAAUUGAACUACAUUUUGCAGUAGCUUGGUGGUAGUUGAAACUGAAUUCAAAUCUUGGUAGUGUUUUCUGUAGUUAAUUACUUUGUUUGCCAUGUAGCAGUGUAGAUAACUACUGGAACUACACACUACUUUUAGGUAGGGCAUUAUUUUCCUUUAUCUUCCGGCUUCAGACCUGCCUAAUUAUCACUUGAAACAUCGUUUUUGUGUUUAGUAGGCUAAAUUACACAUUCUGCUAACAUAUGACCCUAAAGUGGUCUGUUCUUGCAAUUUGUAGUCAAUGACAUUUCAGAUUUACAUAUGAUAAUUUUUCACGAAGUAGAUAGUGUAUCAUUAAGUAGUAUGGAUGUAGUGAACUACUUUUUCCAAAGUAACUUUAGUUAAGUAAAUUAUAUUUUCUAAAGGGUAGCUUUAGAAUAGCUAAACUUCUUCCGGUGUGAAGUAAUUGGUAGCUUUGGUAAACUAUAUUUUCAGAGUAGCUUCCCCAACACUGAUAAUUAGGCAUAUCAAUAAUUUGGCAAAAUUUGGAGGCGGAAAACGAUUAUCUGCGCCACAAUUGUCUCAUAGACAUUUGUAUAACACAGCAGCGGUCAGGUGAAGGUAGUUAGAGGCUUCACGUGGAUCUCCAUAGCAGGUGCCUAAUCAGGGGAUCAAAGCUUUGUGCUGCCAUGUGGAAAAGGGUUUUGUAGGGGGAUGCAAAACAGGACUGUGGGGGGAUUGUGGCAUGAAAUUGGUUUGUGUGAAAACGUGGCGUGGCGUCAAGUACUCGGUGUCAGCUCGCCACGGCAGCCAACCAGCCAAGCUGAGACCACACGUUUACUUAUGCAUCCAUUCACACUCUCCGUGGAGUGGGAGCACAGCUGUGGUGUGUGUGUGUGUGUGUGUGUGUGUGUGUGACAUUACACCUUUUGAGUUGUGAAAAUGGCAUCAUUAAGUCCUCACAAAACAAAAACUAUAGCAGUGAAUUUGUCACACCACAUUGACAUACCCCAUACCCAAGAAUCUCUUCAAGCAGCCAUUGAAAUACAACAGCAUCACACAUCACUGCCCGCCAUAAUUACAAUAGGAGAUGAUAGCCAUUUUAAAUAUGUGGUGCUCUCUUAAUGAGUACAAUUAAGCCCACUCAGGUUAACAGGGAUACAUGAUGAUAGACCUGUGUGUCCUUUGGUGACCUUUGACUUUAUAAGAUUGUCUUUUAUGUAAUGACUCAGUUGAAGGCCCUCAUGCGUUUCCAAUGA